UGUUUCCUCAUCUGACAGUCAUAUCUCCAGGUUGAGCACAUGCCCGGUGCUCCGUUCAGCAUUUUAUAGGCAUCAUCAUUUAAUCCUUAUAACUGUGGAGUACUGCCCCCGCCUUUUUUAUUUUUAUUUUUGGCCGCACCGCAUGGCUUGCAGGACCUUAGUUCCCCGACCAGGGAUCAAACCUGGGCCUGUGGCAGUGAAAGCACUGAGUCUUAACCACUGGACGGCCAGGGUAUUCCCCGUCCCCCUUUUAGAGAUAUGGAAACUGAGGCUGAGAGGUCACGCAGGUAGUCAGAGCUGGGACCAGAUUGCUUUGACUCCAGAGUCCACACUCUUAACCGUCCUACCCUCCUGCAGGGGCAGGAGAGAAUGGGCUUGACUCAAGCCCAUCGAGUCAGCACCUAGUCAGCUUGCCAGCACCUACAAGGCAUUUAACUGGGGCAGUUCCCUGCUUUCCCCACCUCCCGCAUCCUGGGAUGUGUUUACGGUCCAGUUCUUCCCUCAGAUGCGAUCCAGGCUCUGAGCCCACGUUUCCCAGCCAGAACCACGUGCGCCAUCCCCCGGGGAAGGGUGGGUGCUUCUGACCUCAUCCCACCAGUGGGACCCUCGCCAAGCCCUGCUCUGGAGAUGCGGCUCCGUCAUCUGGUCCAUCUGUGCUGGGCAGGGGACCACAGGAAAGAAAAGCCCCCGCCAACCUCAUUACUGGAAGCCCUGGCACCACCCCCAGCCCACCCUCGGAGCUCAGCGAAUGUUGAAUCAAACUGAGUGCAAGGAUGGGGGGCGUGAGGAGGUAACCUGUGACACCAGGCGCAUGCACAGACCCUCUGCACUGGGCACUGAGCCAUCAGACAGCAGUGGUUCAGGGGGGCACAUGCUGUUCAAAGGGAGGUUGGAGGACACGGCGAGGCCUGGGUUUGAUUCCCGCCUCUACCCCUAGCUGAUUCUUCGUGCAUUUGUUGGGCAGUCGUGUGCCAGGCACAGGGGCUACGGCGGUGAACAAAAACCAUGACCUCUGCCUGGGUGCAGCUUAUAACGUGUUGUGAGAGGCGAGCAGGGACGGAGCAAAUCUCCAAGAACACUGGGAGAAGAGUCUCCACACCUGCUCCUCCCUCCCCGGAUAGCUGCCACCUGUGCUUGGGUCCUUCGAGCCAGAGGAGUGGGUAGAAGCAGCAGAGGAUCUGGGAGCCAGGACACUAGAGGUGGCAGCUUUGGGGCUUCAGUUUCCCCUUUUUGUCAAGCGUAGGCGGUUCUGCCAGGCGGUUUCCUCUCCUACACUACUGGGAUUGCAUCUGGCAGCAGCGAAGGGCUAAGGAAGGGCAGAGAGGGCCGGGCUGGCCCCCGGGGCCCAUAGUGCUCCAAGUGACAAAAAUCCCUGCUUAUUCUGCCAUAGACACUGGAGCGGGGAGGGGGGCGGGGUGGCUGAUAGUUAUUCAUUCAUCCAUUCACUUGACAGACCAGCACUGGGGAACAAACGAUGCAUGGGACAUGGUCAGUCCCUGCCUAACAGGAUUCAGUGUCUAAGGGACAAGCAGCCUAAGGAGACCUGACGGUGAGGGCCUGAAUCAAGGGGCAUCUCGAUCCCCCUCCCAGCCUGAGCCCCCUGCCCCAGGCCUAGAUUCCCGUGACCAGGCAGGACUGCCCCAGGGGCAGGAGACCUGCAACCCCACACCCGGCCAGCCUCCCAGGAGAAUCCACUGUACAUCAUUUAUUCAUUCCACAAAUGUUUACUGAACAGCUGCUCUGAGCCUGGCACUGUGCCUAGUGAGCAAAAACUGAGGAUGAGCAGAAGCAGACCUUGUCCCUGUCUUCACGUGGCUGACAGGCUCCUCGGGGAGAGGGGCGGGAUUCACAUGGUCUCAGACAUAGGGCAACAGCUGUGACCGGUAAAGCAGAAGAUGCUUAAGAGCUCUAACAGGGAGAAAGGGAAGCCGCCUCUGAGGAAGGGAGGGCUUGAUCUAUAAUCUGAAGGAGGAAAACCUCACCAGUGUUACAGAAGGAAGAAACAUCUUGAGCAAAGGCCUGGUGGCAGGUGGAGGAAGGGAGGGGUUUACUGAGAAUCAGCCAGAAAGCCACUGAGGCUUUUGGGAGAACAGGCAGAGGGAAUGAGGAGGCAGAGCCAGACUGUGAUGAAAGGUAGGGCCUUUGGGGGCCCCGGGGGAGUUUAGCCUUGUUCCCGGGUACCUUGGGAAACCAGUGAAAGGCUUUAGGCAGAAGCCUCCCUGCCCCCCACCCUGUCUGAGGUGAGUGGGUGAGGGCAGGGCCCGUGUGGGAAGGCCUAGAUGGGAGGCAUUACAGAGUCAGAAUUAGUGGUGGGAGCUGGAUUGCCUGCAGGGGGUGAGCACACGGGAGUUACAGUUAGCCGGGUGAGGGAAGGACGGUGGGCUCAUUCCCUGCAUGGGAACACCUUCAAGGGCCAGGUCUGGGGAAGGUCGGGAUGUUGUGAAUUUGGACUUGGAUCCUGUUGAAUUGGAUGUGCCUUGGGGACAUUCGUGUGGCCAGGCCCGGUAGCCUGUAGCCUGUGGUUUCAAAGAAAUGCUGGUUAUGGAAGGCAGCUGUGGCCAGGAGCUGGCUAGGGAGACCCGGAAGGCACAACCAGAGAGGCAGAAGGAAAACCAGGCCAGGAAGGCUGUCCUGGAAGCUGGGAGAAGCCAAAAGGGAGGGCAAGGCUCUUUCUCGCUGAGCCGCGGUAGGCGAAUCAUCUUCCCGAGCCUCCUCUGUAAAAUGGGGGCAGCACGCCCGCUUCACCCAUCUCACCACUUUGCGCUCCAGCUGUGAUGAGGCCGUGAGGCGAAAGCAUUUUGCACAGCGCAAAGUGCUGAACAGACGUGAGGCUGGCUCCGCGGGCGCCUCCUCCCCGCAGGGCUGCCCCCAGAAGAGGGUUGAAGACCCGAGGUCGCGGCGUGGCGGCCCCGGCGGCGGCGGCGGCGCUCGCGUUAGGACCCAGCGGAUCCAGGCUGGAGGGCGGGCGCCGGCCCCGUCGGGGGCCCGGAGGGGGGUUCGGAGCGGGCAAAGGGGCGGCUCCGGCGGGCGGACUCGGAGCGGGCCGCGGAGUGACCCGGCCAGCUGUGCGGCGCUGCAACAUCUGGUUUCCUCCAGCCGGACCCCAGCCCGGCCUCUGGAGCAGACAGAGCCUCCAGCAGACUGUCCCCUGACACCAGUCCAGCCCGCCUUGUUGUGUAACCAUGAGAGCUGCCUACCUCUUCCUGCUGUUCCUGCCUGCAGGCCUGCUGGCUCAGGGCCAGUACGACCUGGAUCCGCUGCCUCCGUUCCCAGACCAUGUCCAGUACACCCACUAUAGCGACCAGAUCGACAACCCGGACUACUAUGAUUAUCAAGAGGUGACUCCUCGGCCCCCGGAGGAGCAGUUUCAGUUCCAGUCCCAGCAGCAAGUCCAACAGGAAGUCAUCCCAGCUCCCACCUUAGAACCAGGAACUGUAGAGACGGAGCCCACGGAACCUGGGCCUCUGGACUGCCGCGAGGAGCAGUACCCGUGUACCCGCCUCUACUCCAUACACAAGCCUUGCAAACAGUGUCUCAACGAGGUCUGCUUCUACAGCCUCCGCCGUGUGUAUGUCAUCAACAAGGAAAUCUGUGUCCGCACGGUCUGUGCCCACGAGGAGCUCCUGCGAGCUGACCUGUGUCGUGACAAGUUCUCCAAAUGUGGCGUGAUGGCCAGCAGCGGCCUGUGCCAAUCUGUGGCAGCCUCCUGUGCCAGGAGCUGCGGGGGCUGCUAGGGUGGAACUGGCACCCCGAGCCCUGGACCCUCCUCGGAUCUGGGGCCCUCAGGCUCUGCCUGACCUGGUGCUUUUCUCCCCAGCCAGACGUUCCUCUUAUCCCUUAAAAUGUUAGUGGCUGCAGCGCCGGGGGUUGCCUCAGGCCCUUCCCCCAGCCUGCGGCCACCCUUGGGGCACAAAGGGGGCUCCCCAGUGUCCAGUCUCCGCCCCCAGGUGGGGGACAUCCCAGGCCUCUCUGUGGGACCUGGGCCCCUGAUGUGCCUUCUCCAUCCCUCUGAGGACAGUCCCCCACUCCAGCCCCACCCCCAAGGUAGGCUAUGACCCUCACCCCAGCUGGUCUGCUUGGAUUUCCUACAGCCCCUGGGCAUAGACCACCUUUGUUUUAUACAAAAUUAAAAACAGGUUUUUACAAAAGAUUCAGAGUCACUUUUUCGGUCGCGGGCACAGAGGAGAUGGCCAGCUGCCUCAACACUGCAUGUCCUCAGGGAGAGGCUACCAGGCCCCUUCGGGAGAAGGGUAGGUUCAGGUGACCUGUGGCCUUGCCUCCUCAUCCACCCGCUUCAGCUCUGACCUGCCCAGAAAGAUGGGCCAUGACAACUGCCCCCGCCCCCAGGGUGUGUGUGUGUGUGUGUGUGUGUGUGUGUGUGCGUGUGUGUGUGUGUGUGUGUGUGUGUGUGUGUGUGUGUGUGUGUUGCAGGGGGUUGUAUCAGAAAUAG